AUGCCCCGCAAGCACUGGAAGCCAGGACCUUCAGGCGCUCUUGGUGCCGUACAAAACCAUUGUGACGUUCAUAAAAUCAUUGUUGGGGUGGAUUAUGGAACGACCUACACAGGGGUGGGAUUUGUCACGACUGCGAAAAACCACAUUGAUGACAUAGUUGUUAUCACAAGCUGGCCGGGGACCGGCCGACAUUCGGAGACCGUUUUCAAAGUUCCAUCGCGUCUAGCGUAUCCCAGUGAAAACUACAGAAUUCAAGACGUGAAAUGGGGAUUUCAAGUGGAAUCUGGCAUGACAUCUUACUCAUGGACCAAGCUACUCCUAGACAACAACGCAUCACGAGCCGAAUAUGAUGACGAAACACUUACUAUACAAGAAGCAGCUGGAAUGCCGAUUUUGCGACUGCCUGCGGGCAAGAGUGCAACCGAUGUGGUCGCAGACUUUUUAACAACUAUUUACAAACACACAAUGGGAAUCUUGGAAAAGCAAAUCUCGGAAGAAACUCUGUCCAUUACUCCACUGGAGUUUUGGUUUACUAUGCCCGCCAUAUGGUCGGAUGAAGCGCAGGAUGCAAUUAGGGAAGCUGCAAAGCGUGCUGGUUUUGCGUCCCGUCCUGGUGAUCAAUUAUUCAUGAUAGCCGAGCCAGAGGCGGCCGCUAUCGCCGCCUUGAAGCGAAGUACUUCCGACGGCUCAUUAGUUUGUCCUACAGAGGAGCGAAGUGUGGGGUCAACUACGAUUGACCGUGAGUUUUACAAACUCAUGUCAGAACGAUUUGGGGAUGCCUUCAAAAAUCUUCCUUUGAAAAGAAGAGGCCCUGGUAGUGAUUUUAUGAGGGCUUUUGAGCAGAUUAAAGAGGAUCUUGCCUCUUCGGACUACAGAGAAGAGGUUUAUGAGUUGCCGCUUGAUAUGUCGCUCGCCGAACCAGACCCGAGAUAUUUUGAUGAUGAUGAACGUCUAGUCAAGAUUUCAAAGCACGAUCUCUGCGCAUUGUUCGACCCAGUUGUUGAGAAGAUUAAGGCCUUGGUUAAGCAACAGAUUCUAGCCGCUAACCAUCAUGCUGGAAAAUCCGUUAUCAAGGUGUAUUGGUGUCUAAAGGGAGUAUCGCGGAACAGCCAGGCCGCAAUUGUGAAGGGUGCGGUUUUAAGAGGAUUAGAGGGUGUUCGCCCGAAAACAAGACGAUGCCGCCGCCACUACGGAAUCGCGUUUUGUUUGCCGUUUAGAGAAGGAAUUGACUCUGAGGAGAACGCAUUUGUUUGUGACUUAGAUGGAAUAAAGUAUACGAGAAAUAGGGUGAAGUGGAUGAUCCACAAGGUUCUCAACCCAUCACGAUUCCUUAAGAGAUUCAGUUCAACUUUUGCAACUCCCACCAUGAGAAUCAUUCUUACGAAUACGCAUAUAGGAGUCGUCUUUGUAGGCCGCAUCGUUGCGGAUAUUUCGCAAGUCGAUCCGGCUUUGGUACACUCUAAAAUCAACCAUGCGGGAAUUGUUGUCUACUGGCUAAGUUCCACGGUUGUAAUGCGCUUUGGGGCCAAGGAAGGCGUCCUGAUAUUGAAAUCGGUUGUGGAUGGUUCCCCUGAUGGUGCAUCAUAA